CCCAGGGCAGCUGUGGCUGCCCCGCCCCGGGGAGUGUCCAAGGCCGGGCUGGAGCAGCCUGGAACCGUGGAAGGUAUCCGUGCCCGUGGCAGAGGGGUGGCGACACAAACCCUUCCACGAUUCCACAGCACAAGGAGUUUUUGUGGUGUAAACACACCUGGAUUUUUCACCCCCCUUUUAAACUGGAAGAAGCUGAACCCAGGUGAACGACAUCGAGUUCCUCUCUGGCAGCUCUCUGAACCCAGCUGGCUGCAAGCACAUCCACCAGCAGCAGCACAACCUCAGAAGAGAAAGAAAAGCCUGGAGGUGACACACAGAGUGUGUGGUGGCGUGUCACAAGUUCGUGGAGGUCAAUGCCCUGGGUCUCACGGUGGCUGCCCUGAGCAGCUACGACUCCAACAUGAGAGCUGCUGCCUAUUUUGUCCUGGCUUCCUUCCGCGGCCAUCUGGAAGGGGCUCGCUUUCGAGAGAGGAGCCAGUUGCUGUAUCUCUUGGAUGCUGUGCAGAACGGAAUCAGGCAGCCAAACCUCAGGUUCACCUUCUCCCUGACCCUCUACGUUGCUCGUGUGGCGCAGCAGAUCCUGAAGCCAGAGGAGCACAUGUACAUAAAGGUAAACAGAUUCCUUCUGUCACACCAGUAUUUGGACCUGAGGAAAGUACCAGGUUUUUUCCAGCUUUUCUACAGUUUUGAUUUUGAGUACAAAACAGAGCGUGAGUGGAUCCUCAGAUUUCUUGGGGAAGGGCUGCGUGACAAACAUUGCUAUGAGCUUUAUGACUACCAGAGGAUUUUCCAGGUCGUUCUUUCCUUUUUCAACAGUCCUUUGUGUGAUGAAGGCUCCCAGAUUGGCUGUUGGCAACAAAGAAGUUGGAAAAUGACAGCCGUGGCCACCGAAGGCCUGGAUAUAAUGGGGAGUGAGAGCAAAGCCUCUGUACUUUCUGCUCCAUUGAGGAACCCGAAGGGAGAAAGCUGGGCCUGGAGAGGCCUUAGCGGUACCGCAAAAAAGAUGGCGAUUCGACCGGAAGUUACUUCACCCACAACAAAGAUGGCGGCAAGAAAGGACGAAAGUCACGUGACACCACUCUUACGAUGGUAGAUGGCAUGGCAUGCUUGACCUUCCAAAGAUGGCGGCAAAAAGGGCGGGAAAAUUCAAGGACCUCGAGGUAUUUCUAACUGACUGCGCGCAACCCUGACCACGGUGCCUCCCGGGAGCAAUUUUCUGCAGCCUUUCCAGGUCUGCAGACACGGGCUGUGGGCUCAGACUCACUGUGGAUGGGUUCGGGCAGUGGAUUUUAGUCAGGCACCUGUGUUUGGAGCCUGGGGGGGCCUUAGCAGUACCACAAAAAAGAUGGCGGUUCAACCGGAAAUUACUUCACCCACAACAAAGAUGGAGGCAAGGAAGUGUGGUAGUCACGUGACACCACCCCCAAUAUGGUGGAUCGGCACACCAUGCUUGACCUUCCAGAUAUGGUGGCAAAAAAAGGCGGGAAAAUGCAAGGACCCCGAGGUACGUCUAGCCGGCUGCCUGCGCACAACCCUGACCACAACGCGGCCCAGGCGCGAUUUUCC